GCUUUUCGAUGGCAAUACAACCUUGAAAGAAACAUCGACAUUGCAGACUGCAGUUAGAUCUCGUCAAACUGAAGAAACCCACACCACUGGUCCACGAAAGCACAUGGCCGUCCUUGCCGCCAUUCUUCCGCUCGUUUCUCAGAGCUCAGCACUUGCACUCGUGCUCUACCGGCUAGCUGCAGUAGAUGCUUACGCCGCCAAAGAGCUUUUAAGGGCUGCGAAAGCGAUUUCGAAUUUGGCGCUGAUAGUGAAGGAAGUCGGGACAAUAAUAAAAGAGGAUGAUCGAUUACCAUCGGCCGAAGCUUUCGAAACUAUCGAGGAUAUUCUGGACCAAACUUCGACCAUUUUCAACGAAAUAGAUCUUCUGGUAUCAGGCCAGGAUGCACAAAGAAAGAGACGAUCGUAUGAUGAGCACCAGGAUGGAAAUCAAGCGCCCACGCUCACCCCGCAAAUGUUGGCGAGGUUACACUACCUCGAUGCUCAUCUGGAUUCGCUGAGGACUACGUUGUCAGUGAUGCUGCAGACUUUGUAUACAGCACAGAGUAUUAUGUGGGCACGAGUCAGACCCACAGUCUCACCGAGGCAGUGCGCCACCGCAGUGGCAAAUGAGAAGCAACAACUAGAGACACUCAUCAUCGACCAGCAAAUCUCAAUACUGCAGGCAUCAAAACUAUAUGAACGGGCGCGGCCAGAUGCGCGGUUGCUGAUGGAAAAUGACAGCUCUUUGAGCUUGAGUAUCGUCGACGAAAAUGCACCUAGUCCGGCAAGCUUGGCCAGAUAUCAGGACAAGUUCAUCGCCACUCUAGACACUCAAAGUUCCGACGAACAGCAGUGGCUGGCGUCAGUAUGUGGUAUCUCAAAAUCGCAACUAGACCGCUUGUUGGAUAGGUGGACCAGGCUGCACCAGUUCGAGGAAGAACUACUUGACGCGGAACGUAAAGUUCAAGCAAAGAAACGAGAAACCCAACAGCCAUUCGUCGAAUCAGAUAGUGAGGACGAUAUAAACCCGCUGCCAAAAUUCGGUAGCAGUGGCGUUGGUCUGGACUCCCAUGUUCCUCACAGACCGGACGCAAUCCCGCCUCUGUUCACAGAGUCGUCUUCGCUACAAACCCCAAAGUCAACAACGCAUCAAAAUUGUACAGUGCCCGCAUCCCCCCGAUCGAGUAUUUCCACCCUACCCGUGGAAGCAGCGGCAGCUGUUGAAGCAAAAGACAAGGACGUCGGACUAGACCUGGAGAUCCCCUGGACACUACGCACGCGCAGAUACUACUGGAAAUAUGUUGACGGCAAAGUCCAAGAAUCCAACACGGACGCACCCUCCUCGGAAGCAUUUGCCCACCGCCACAGCUGGACUGAAGUACAAGCAUCCUGGGUCUGCAAGGAAGCGCUUCAAGAAUCAGGCUACUCCCACACCCAAGUACAGAAAGAGAUACCGGAUGGGAGACGCACCAAGUUCGAGACGUGGUUCUGCAUAGACCAGCCUCUGACCUUCGACCAAGUCCAGCACCUCGUUGAGCGAACGGUAGAACUCUACCGCAAGACGCAGCCACCGUCACCGCCACUCGUCAGAGAGCGUACACGGCGGACGUCUUUCGAACGUCGGACCCAGGGCUACGUACCUCCGGACGCAAGCAACGACCGCGACCGCACGCCGAUCCCACCUCAAGCGCGACCGCCACCCCUCGAGCGCUCUACAACCGCAUACCAUAUCUCGCAGCCCCCACCCCUCGACCGAGCCCUCUCAAUGCCCGGCCAAGCAGCCCCCUCCUACCCUCCAAACCCCCGCUCCAGCAACAUCCACCUCCCACCCCCAUCCCCGCGAACCAGUAACCCGCAGAUUCCACCCCCUCAAGCAACACCUAUACCCAUCCCUCCCCACCCCAGCACAAAUCCGUCCUUCCUUGCACCCUCUCCCCGCUCAACACGCAGCUUUGUGCCACCAACGCCAUACCAACCGCCUCCCCCUCCGCCCCGCCAUCUUCAGCCCCCGAUGUCGACGUACGGACAAUCACCCCUCCGCGCAUCGCUGGAUGGCGCGCGGUAUGAGCACUAUUCCAGCACGUCUGGGGCUUCGGACAGCGAGAGCGUCACGAGGAGUCGGAAGAGGGAUGGGAGUCGGCGGCGGCGGCGGGGGUCGGAUGAGAGGCGGAGGAAGAAAGGACAUGGGCAUGGGAAGGCGGGGGCGUUGAUGGGGGUAGCGGGGUUGACGGCGUUAUUGGAUGGGUUGGUGGGGAUCUGA